AUGAGAAUUGUUCCUCAAUCACUCGCGCUUCUCGUCACGCUUUGCGUCUGCCUGGCGCUGUCGGCAUCCGCCCAAACCAUCUCGCAGCCGCAAGCCUCGCUGCCCGUUCAGAGCGCCAGCGACGACCCGAAUAUCACGGGCAGCUCUGCGUCCGCGGCGGCGCUGUGCUCGCUGAAGGCGAUUCUCGGUACCGAAUCCGGACACGGCAUCGGCCCGCUCACAGUGCAACCCGGAUGCAUGAGCCUGACGCUCCAAGUGCACUCGAGCGCCUCCGUCAACGGUCAGACACUGCCCUCCUCGGGCAUCGUCACCAUCUUCGAACCAAGCUCCUCUUCGACCGGUGCGUCGUCUUCCGUGUCAACGCCGACCACUGCACCCCGCACGUCGAGCUCCGGCUCGUCGGCGUCGUCGGCGUCGUCCGCGCCGCCCAGCAGCAGCUCUAGCACCGCAGCUCCGACACAGCCCAAUGCCGGCCAAUCGCAGUCAAGGCCUCCAGCUGCAGUAAGCUGGGUUGCGAAGCACAAUAUCGGGGUGCUGCUAUUUACUACGUUUGCUGUCUUGGCUGGGGUGACAUACUUCCUCGACGAGCUGCUCACUUUGCUCGUUUGA